AUGCAAACACAAUUUAACGCUAGAGGAAAUGGAUGGCGAGGAUCAAACCCAUCUCGACAACUCGACGGACUAUCACAGCCAUUGACUCGUCCACUGGAGUCCAUGGAUGAGAAGGAAUUGAGAGCACAGUACGAAAAGACGAAUACCAUGUUGAAUAACCCCAAUUUAAAACUACCUGACGGAGGAGCCAAGCUGAAGGCUAAACUGGAACAAAUUCAAUCGUUAUUAGAAGCACAACAGGCAAACGAAAGCAACAUUACAGAUAAAGUGUCAGGCUUGUCCUUGAACGAGAAGCCAGACAUUCGCAAAGCAACCGUGCUACGAUCUAGUCAAGCAGAAGUCCACCCCGAAAGCUUGUUGCGGGCCCAUCCAACACAUGGCCACAUGGCGGCUGCCAGUCAUUCAUUGCAUGCGGGCACACGCAUGAUGAGUCUCGAGGAAUCGAUGCAGUUACAAGAAGCGCAACAAAAGGACAUCAAGCUGGCCAACAUGCGAAAGAAGAUUCAGUCGAUUCGAGGAUCUAGUACCGCCAGAACAAGCGAGAGCUUAGCAGAUGAUCUUUCCUUGACCAUGGACAACUUGCAACUGGAUCCGGAGACUCGCAUACCUCGACCCGACGACGACAACCCAGAGGACAUGGAAGGAGAAGAUGCUGAUUCAGAUGAUGACACAACAGAUUCGGAAGAUCCAGACCUAGACGACAUGGGCGACUUUGAAAGAUACGACGACGAAGGCUACGAAGAAGACGACCAACAGGUGUUUGAGGAUGGACAGCAGCAUAAUAAUAACAAUAGACGCAUCUAG